UUUAUAAGUCUUGGUACAAAUUUAAAGAUGGUUUAACUCGCGACUUAUCAACAAAAUUUCGUGGGUAAACAUUUCACGAAAAAGGAAGCUUGCAGAAAACUUUGUUGCUGCAUGCAUGAUGAACUUUCUUGCUUAUAGAUCGAAAGCUUUUUCGAAAGCAAUAAACGUGGUGUUGCCAUCGAACAAAUCAAUUAUAUUGGUCGCCAUCCAAACCGACAAAGAAUGAACUGUGUAUAUAGAAUUGAAUCCAAUUAUAUUUCCAAGUACUGUUUUGGUGAUUAACAUUGUUCUUUGUAUAAAGUCAGUUUUAUUAACAUAUUAUCGUGUUUUCUCAGGAAGUAAAAUGCGAAACUACAAAGACAAGGAACUCGUGGUUUAACAAGCAUAUAACUGGCUAUCGCUUUCACUGCAUCAGUUUCCACAAUCAGCAGCAGAAUGUCGUGGCUAGUUUAUCGCUGGUUACUCUUGUAUGGUUUAACAUUAUUUGUGUUCAAAGGUAGGUAUUUUAUAGUAAUAUAGCAAACACAAUGUUGAAAUCGAGGUUAAAAGGUAUUUUUAAUAUUACUUUAUUGGAUUCACCCAAUUAUAAUAAUAGACAACCGGUUUUCUUUACUUUUAGUACGAUCGCGAUAAUUUAUUUGAAUGAGUUAGUUUUGGCCAUUGGGUUGUUGGGAAGUGUUGCUCUUUGUUUUUUUAAACCUAUCCAGUUUAUAAAGACAUAAUCAUGAUUCUGGAGCUCUACUUUGAGUUUUCAGAAUUGAUAAAUCAAGCACUUGUCUUUGCGCAGUAUAAUCGAACAAUGUUUGAAGACUAUUUCCAUGAAAGGUUACAUUUUCCUCCACGAAAUUGGCCAUGCAUGGAGUUAUCUAUAUUUCCGUUGUUGCCUUUCGUCUAUCUCAGAAAUCCGUAUAGCUAUAAGUAAAUCUCCGACAUUUCAAGCGAAGCCAAUUAUGAAAGUUAACUGAAUGCUAGGGUCUCUUACUUGUUCAUUGCUUUAAUUAACUGCCUCGUCCCCAGGGGCUAAUUACAAAAUUUCAUGCGAGUCACAUAUGAAAGGUUUGCAUGAAGUAGUGCAACUAUAAUGUGACGCACUACUUCAUGUAAACCUUUUGUGACUCGUAUGUGAUCUAAUUUGAUCUAAUAUGAAUGCCCAUGCCCUAGUUAUGAUGCCGCUGUACAUGAAUUUGUACAAGCAAAUAUAUACAGCACGAGAGAGCAUGGUGUAUAAGAUACAAAUUUCGGUCAAUGCCAAUGGCGAAAGGUUGCAUAUAAUAUAUUGCAAGAACGCGAAUGCUGUAUAUAGAUAUAGCUUGCAAAACGCAAGGAUUUAAUUGAACAGUCGUGUUUUGAAGCAAUGUUUCAAAAAUAAUUUAUCUUAAUUGAGAGAAUGGAAGAGAAGAUCAUGCAAAUCAGGAAAAUUUUGUAUAUGUGCGGGAAUGACAUCCUCAUUGAAUUUUCUUCAUUCUCUACUAUAAUAUAGAAGUUCCAUCUUGAAACAUAAUAUUUAAGUAGAGCAAUAGGACAGACACACUAUUCAACAACAAUAUUUCAAAUUUAUUGCAAAUUCCUCAUGAGACUAAUAAAUUCAAUAUAUAAUUUGUAUGUAAUAAAAUUUAUUUAAUAAUAAUAAAAUUAAUAAAUAAUAAUAAUAAUAAUAAUCUGCAAGGUCAUGCAAACCAAACCUUACCCUACACAUUAAUGAAAUCAAACUUGAACUCAACUACCGAGCUGUUGGCUUUUGGUCAUUAAACCAAUGCUCCAAGCUGGCUUGAAAGAUAAAUUAGACGGUGUCAAAACGCAAAUGCACAAGUAUCAGUAUGCUACACUGUAAAUUUCAAGGAGUUAAAUUAACUCCAAAAGUGUUAUUCUGUCACCAAAAACGACGACAAAACAACACUUUUAGAGAUGAUUUAACUGCUUGAAAUUUACAAUGUACAUAGACGUACGCAAUUUAGAGUGUUAGUCAUUGGCUGCAAGUUUUAUGUUCAGUGUUAUGUUAUAUUUGGCAGCAAGGACAUCAGCAACCCCAUAUGGUGACCACAAGCUGUUUUAGUAAUCUAGUUUUGUGGCGUCUCGCAUGCUACACGAGACUCUGUUAUGGGUGAGCGGGGAUUAAAAAAUUCAUAACUACAUGGUAAAAUUUGAGAAUAUUAAUCUGUGAGAAUAUUAAUCUAAAACUAAAAUGUCCCUAAAAAUAAAUUGGCACAAUAAUUCUUUGUCCUAACAUCCUAAUGCAAUAAUCCAUAAUCUGUUUUCUAUACCUUGUAAAUAAUUACUCAAGGUUGACAAUUAUUUUUGAGUCGAAAUAUCAUCUUGAAUUUUCAACAAUAUCCUGGAUUUUCAAGAUCAUACCAUUUGUCGUAUGUACUGUGAUGUAAAAGCAUGUUAAAUAGGUUAUCGAGUUCUUAUUUUUUUGUUUGCAGGUUGUCAAAGUCUUUUUCUCAGGCAUACUCAGUCUGGAAAGUGUAUUGCAGCAGGAAGUCAGAUCUCGGAUGGUAAUAAGUCAAGAAGUUACUGGGCUGAAAUGGUUAACAACUGCUUAAAUGUUAGUGCACAGUUCCGUUAUCUCGAUACAGAAAGGUUACAAAAUAUCAAGACUGGAGGGACAUUAGCGUCUAACACUAACACUAAGAAGAAAAUGAAAUUCCUAAAUCGCUUAUUCAUACAUUACGGCAAAAAUAAACAGGGAAAAAAGUUUCAAAGCAGUAGUGCUCAUCAUUUGAAACAAACAGAUGCUGGAUCUUUAUUUCUUUACGAAGUGAAAUUUUGUGUUCAACCUAAUAGAAGUUAUGUUGAUCUGAAAAAAGAUGGAUGUAGUAACGUAAAACAAAACUUUACUUUUGGUAAGUGAAUAUUCAGUACUUCCAUUUUCAAAUACUUUAAUUUUUAAAAUACAGGCUUUGUAAAAUCUUUCUCAAUGAGCUUAACCUAAUAACCUUACUAACACCAUCUCGAAGACCUGCAGUUUUGUAAAAAUUGUAAAUAUUUACAAAUUAUUAAAUGUAUUAAUUACUAGUUAACUUUGCGUUCAUCUUUCAUAUCAUUUCAAUCUUACCCUUUUACGUUUGCAAAUAUUGUAACUUUUGUAACUACUAUAUAUGCAUGGUUAAAUGCGUCAGUGUACCGUACACUGUAAAAACAUAUUAGUUAAAAUAACCAGUUUUAACAGAGUUGUUACAGGGGACAUUUCAAGGUCUAGAACAUACUUUUUUGUGUAAUGUUGGGAACGCACCAAUUAGGGGACUAACUUUUUUUUGGGGGGGGGGUGAUUUUGAAAAAUUUAAUUCUUGCAAGGCUAUUCUGAACAAAAAAAAUACCUGCACUAACACACUGGGGGGAAAAUAUCCUGCCCCAUUAUUUGGUGAGGGAAAAACAUAUUGCAAAACAGCAUGGUUGCAGGGAUCGAUUUGACCAGUUCCAGAAGAUCAGCUGGUUUGAUUUUUCUGGAUUAGUGUACGGUUAAUUUCUUGUUGGAAAACUCCUCAAUAUAGCUUAUCUGAGCUUCAAGAAAUCCAAAAUUUUCUGGGGAGGCAUGCCUCCAGACCCCUCUAGAGGCUCGCACCUUCGUCGAAUCGGUUGUCUCAGAAUCCUAGUUAUGGCCUGAUCUGCUGCCCUAUGACGCAUACUUAUUAGUUAAACCAUACAUAUAUGCUGCAGGUAGCUGCAGUGAUACAGACUUGUCAACUGGAACUUCACCAGGUCCCUUACUAAAUCCCUACACAUCCUUAAAAGAGCCCCUGAACCAAAUGUUAUACUUCAUAGCAAUAUGUAUUAUUAAAAGCAAUGCAUGAAGCUAGAAAACUCGACGUUAACUAUAAUUAAAGAAUCUAAAUAGUGUAAGCUAUUUUUUAAAAAAUUCUGCGAAAGAGAGAGUGGAAAAUAAUCGUACAUGGUGAUGGGAUGGGAAAAACAAUUUUGCACAUAACGACCCCAGAAGAAAAAUUCCCUGCCAGCAGUAAAUCCCCCCCCCCCCACUCAAGAAUUAAAUGGUCGGCCCCUUAAUAACAGCAGUGCUGUAUUCUGUAAGCAACUUCGUUGCAAGUUGCGAUAUUCCAAGUAUAAUCGUUACUUUUUUAAGUGACAGUAGUAACUAGUUACGUUUUGAAAAGAGGUAACUGCAUAACAGUGUAACUAUAUAACUAGUUCAUAUAUAGUAUGUGGUCGGUAAACAUGUGGUCGAUAAACCCAUUGACUGUACAAUAACUUCCCUCCCUUUUGUCGGCUUCCAGUCGGAUUAUCCUAUUUUUUACAGUAAUUUACUUAUUAAAACCUGCAUAUGUAACUUUAAACAAGUUACAAAAAAUUGAAAGUAACUUUGUAACCAGUCGAAAAAAUCGUGAAGUAACCUUGUAACGGUAACUAUUAAAAUAAUAGUUACAUUUUUGUAACUUUUACCGGUAACUAGUUCUUUUAACGAGGAUGUAACUGUAACUAUAGAGUAUAGUUCCAAAAACAGCAUUGAAUAACAGUUAACCAAGGUCGCGAGAUUGUCAUCUCUCAUCCUCGUUUGAUCUGGGCGUAUGUAAAUUCAUACUAGCUAAAACAUGAGAAGUCGAUCUUUAUCUGAUAUACAAAAACGAGGCGAAGGCUCGAGUUUGUAUAUCAGAUAAUAAUCGGAUCCGUCAUAAUUGAACUUAUAGAUUGAAUUCUAAAAACCUACUGCUCUCUGUGAGUCAGAAUUAAAGUUUGCAUCUACAAGUCUGCAGACAUCCUUUUUACUUAAGAACUGACAAAGAACUUCAAUCUUGGCCAAAAGCUUGUAGAAGGACUAAAGGCGGUUUUCCAGUCCUCGCACGAAGCUCCUCGCAGCUCGCUGCGAGUGCUUGCAUCUAAUUAAAAUUAACUGUUUAGCAUUGUGAUUGGAUGAAAGUGCUCAUGCAUCACUCGCAGCGAGCUGCGAGGAGCUUCGUGUGAGGACUGGAAAACCGCCUUAAGGGACCGUUCACUAAUUAAGGACCAGGGGGCUGGAGAAAAGUUAGGGGGUUGCCAAAACAGUUUAUGGUUAGAAGGGGUGGGGCUUUUAAAGUGUUUUCAGCAUGAAAGGGGGGGGGGGUUGCCAAAAUUAUUUGUGGUAAUUAUUAAUAUUUUAGGAUGACAAGUUUCAAAUAUUAACCCUUCACAACCAAAACCAUAUGAUGAAAUGGUUUGCAAUUUUAACACUUUUAAAGCUUUUGUUAUGUUUGUGGUGAAGAAAUUGGAAGCGUUGCUUAUGUUGGUGGAAAAAUUUUGAAUAUGCUUAUGUUAGUCCAGAAAAUUUUUUAGACUAUGCUUAUGUUCGUCGGGAAAAUUUUUUGACCUCCCCGUCCCGUUGACAACAUUUUUUUGAAAAAUUUGUAGAACUUGGUGAAAAUAAAUAGGGGGGCAGUGAAAAAAAUUAUCGGUCAGAAGGGGGGGGGGUCAUGAAAAAAUUAACACCUUAAUGGGGUAAGUCAUGGAAAACUUGCACCGUUUCUGCUCUUUUUCCUCAAGCCCCCCCCCCCCUGACGUAUAAUUAAUGAACGGUCCCUAAACGUUUGCAGUACUUUCUCCCUAAAAUUUAUUUUUUAUUAAAUUUUAUAACUAUAACGUGAAACAUUUUAUAACUAUAACAUUCGCAUCCGAUAUUUAUCUGAUAUACAAACUCUCGCCUUCUGCUCGAGUUUGUAUAUCAGAUAAAGAUCGGCUGCCUAUGUCAGUUUAACUAGUACAUAAAACAUUAUUUAUAUAAUGACUGGAAAGGGGAGGAGGUGAAUAUAUAAGGAGAACAACGUCUGUCGUCGUGCGGUGUUUAGCUAAUGUUGUAGGUAAGCUACAUUUUGGAGGCGUACACCUAUUUGGAGAACACAACUUGAUAUUUCCCUGAAUUAAGGUGAUGACGACUAACACCUGUAUUCUAAAAUGUCACUCACACUGAAACUGAGCUUUCUUUGAGUGUCAGUGCUGUUUUUGAAUAGCGGGUGAGUAUUCACAUAGUAAUGUACGAGGCACUUACCCCUCCAGCUAUUCAAAAACAGCACUGACACUCAAGAAGUUUGAGAUUGAGUAAGCUUUUAGAAUACAAGCGCAAGUGUUGACAUACUUCAAGACCCUAUAUAUGUUUAAAUCUCUCCAACCAUAUUUAUGUCAUAUUUAUUGUUUACAGAAGUAGUAAUCUUCAUUUUUAGGAUCAGUGACACAGUACGGCACCAAAAUGAAAGAUGUUCAUUGUUCCCCCAAACAAUAUAUGAUGGUCAAGAGAGCUGAUUAUGGAGAUUUUAAUAAAACAGGUUUCUUUAAUGACGAAAAUAUUGGCACAACAUGCAGCAACUUGACCAAUUGUCAGGUAAAAUCUCAUUGUGAUGGAAAGAGAUCUUGUGAACUUACCAUGGACAAUAAUUUAUUACCAUCAGAUUUUUGUCCUGAUACUUCAAAAGAAAUUUACACAGAGUACACUUGUGUUGAUAACAGUAGCUCAACCAUUAUAACUGCAGGUGAAUAAUAUAAUAUAUAUUCAUAUUAAAUCCAAUUGUUACUAUGUCAUUCAAAACAUUUGCAUAUUGUAUGUUCUAAGUUUUUUCAUUGCUAUUUUAUACUGUAAAGGCCAAUGUUGCUCCUGUCCCCAGGCGUAAAAAAAAUACCUGUGGUUCUGGUUUCAUAUCGUGAAAAAAUUAGGGUCGGUAGGUCGGAAAUAAUUUUUUUUUUUGAAUAUUUUUUUUCAUGGUUUUGGCGGUUUUUUGCUGGGCGAUUUGCAAUAGAGUCCCGACAACAAAAUUAACUAGAGAUGCGCAUUUCCUAUGGACGAAUUUAGGCAAGUUGGUUCAAUAAUUAGUGUGACAACAGACACCAUUUUGGCACGCUGUGUGAGCAGCCCGCAACCACCUGGAGAAAAUAGGUCGCACAGUCAAUCGCGGUGAAAAAAUAAUAGGGUCGGCAGAAAAAAAUAGGGUCGGUCAGGAACCGAACCACAGGUAUUAUUUUUUACGCCUGAGCAACAGUUCUGAAAACCAGGUUAUGUAGGUUAAAAAUUAAAACUGCCCCCAAAAUCUGGUAGGUGGUCUCAAAUGUAUUCAAAAUCCUAUUUGUUAGAUUUUUUAUCAAGUUUUUCCAACCCUGGCACCCAGAGGGUUAUGGAGAUUUUAAUAAAACAGGUUUCUUUAAUGACAAAAAUAUUGACACAACAUGCAGUAAGUUAACCAAUUGCCAGGUAAAAUCUCAUUGUGGUGGAAAGAGAUCUUGUGAACUGACCAUGGACAAUAAUUUAUUAUCAUCAGAAUAUUGUCUUGAAACUUCAAAACAAAUUUACACCGAGUACACUUGUGUUGAUAGCGAUAAGCCAACCAUUAUAACUGCAGGUAAAGUGGAGAUUCUGAAAUAAGUAUAAUUUAACUGUUGAAGCAGCCAGGGUGCAUUCUAGACUAUAUAGUAAAAACCGCUACGGUAUAACUUAAUGAAUUGCAAUAUAUACAGUGCGUCUUUGAACAAUUUUGUAGUUCGUAAUCAUGCAUAAUCACAACUAUAUGGAGAGUAUAUAUAGUAAUAGAAAAUAAUAGAAAGGCCGUUGAACCCUGAGUCUAACAUCGUCCAAUAUUGUCAAUCCUGCAAUGUCGAUUCAUCAAUAUACAGGAUAGUGUUGGUUGAAAAUUUUUAGCAUACAAUCCCAUUUAAUUUUCCGGUUCGAAUUUUCCCCACAUCCCAUUUCCCAUAGAUCGUACCGCAGUCACAUGAGCUGUGAAAUUUAAAGAAAAUUGCAAAGGGAGUAGUAAUUUUUAAAACACAAUACUGUAUUCAAUUGCUCUCUAAAGAACUAGUUUUGGCAUACAUUUAUGCCCUGUUGUAGGUCCAACAUGUAGGUCCAACAUUGUUGUGCAACAUUGUUUGAUAGAUGUUGAAUCUGGUAUAUAUAGCUUUCUAGCAAUUUUAAAUGUAUGCAUACAUAGUAGUAAUACAAUAAUAAGGAGUUUAAACCUGGAGGACGUCGAAGUUAGGAUGGUGGCCAAACAAACCCAUUGGAGUAUAUCAGUGUUUGUAAUAUUAGAUUGCUGUUUUUAGGGUAUUUAAUCCAAGUGAGUAUAUAUAUAUAUACACUUUAGGACCUGACCAGCAGGAACGGCCCUGCGAUUCUGGUACAAGGCUCUAGCCAUUGCUGAGCUACAGACGCCAGCUGUUGAGCUGUAACCGUAAGUUCAUGUAUAUAUAGGUAAUCGGGUGUGCCGGUUGUGAUUUAUGUUUGCCUUGUUAACGAUUGUGCAAAUUAGCCUUUACCAGGAAUGAUCAGGCUUUGUCCGCCAUUUUUGGGUAGCCAAACCGCACGGAAACAGUGAACAAGAGGUAACAAGCAAAGGAAUGAAAAUAAUGAAUCUAUUGUUCAUUAGUAGCUACUCUUUACUUCACUAAAUCUCUCUUUCGCUUGUUCUCAUCAUCUAUUGCUGCCCGGUUUGCCACCCGAAAAUAGCGGACGUUGGUCGCAUGGCGCGAGAAAGGACAAUUUAACACCUGGUCGUUUCGAAUAAUAAAAUCUACUCUUUCUUUUAAAAUUUCUGUUUCAGCACCUAAGAUAAGAUUAUGGAGAUCAUAUGAAGGUUACAUCCAAAUAUAUGAUGGUUCAAGAUGGAGAUUUGUUAAGGACAAGAAUUGGGAUAAAAAUCGUCAGAAAAUGCUGUGCCAGCACUUGGGAUUUAACAAGACGGACGCGAAAGAUAUUCCAGGAAUUGGUCAGUUUCCGAGUGGAUCUGAGAUUGCAACUGGAGACUUGAUAUGUUAUAACACACAAGUCAGUGGAACAUCCUGUUGUACCCAUCUUGUUCUUUCUACAACCACUUCAAGUGUUAACAUUUCACGAGUCACAUGUGAGUACGAUCAAGGCGUAUAAUAAAACACAGCGCCCUGCAUAUACGGUUUACGAGUAACACGGAUAAAAUCAGCUAAAAUUAACAAUGGUUGAGAAUUGAGAUCCAACUUACCCUGAAGAUAAUUAUAACGUUUUUAAUGUUUAUAUAAUGAAAAAACGCAACGUUUAUUUAAUUUUGCAAAGCUUUCGUAAGGUAUAAGUUUUCAUGGAUCUUUAUCCUCUACAAACAUACAAAGAACUAAAUAUUAUCAUAGUUUAUUAUGUUUCCCACGAUAAUGCAUUCAACAUAUAGAGUUUAUCGCUUCCCUGCAUAUAUUAAACCACCAUCGGCAAACUGUUUGUCACGUUGAACUCGGUUUUCUGUGCUGCCGAGUACUACAAGACCAGUCAAAGCCUUUAUGGCAUAAUUAUGGCUUAUGUGCACGGUUGUUUGCAUAUAGCCGCUUUAUUGUUUUAAUCAAUUUUUAAUGAUUAACAAGAAAAAUUAUUAAUUAAGAACUAUUAUAUAGCAUUUAGCACAGAAAAGGUGGGGGUAUUACUAACGUCACAAGUCUCCUUGGGAUAAAGGAGACACACCCCACCCCAACCUGACAAACCGUUUGCAGAUGAUCGUGAAAAAUAUCUGCAUAUACUGAUACCACAUGUUACGAAAACCUCAAUCUAUGUCAGUUUCACUGCACAUGCUAUUGUCAGUCAAAAGCAAUGAACUUGCACUGGUCUACAUAAUAACAGUACUAUCAAUUAUCUACGUACUUUACUAUAUAGAAGCCCCCACUGAAAUAAACAUCAUCAGCUGAAAUGUGAACCUUACACCUGUGUCAUGCAGUUUAAUAUCCAACCGAUGACGAAUACGUGUCGCCAGAGGCGAUAAAAUACCGUAUUAUACCAGUUUCUAGCGAAAUAAAUAUCAUCAGCUGAAAUGUAAACUUUACUCCUGUGUCAGUUCAACGUCCAGCGAUGACGAAUAAGUAAGAUUUUUAUCUUACCUAGGUAAUCACCAGUUUCGGGCGAAAUAAACAUGCAUGAUCAGCUAAAAUGUGAACCUUACCCCUGUUUCAGUUCAACAUCCAGCCGGCAAUGACGUUUGCGACUAAAAACAAAACGUUUGUUGUACACCCUUUUAUUAACAAACUGGAUAAAUUAAAUUUAGAACCAUGAAUUGAGGUUAUAUAUAUGAUAGUCCGGAAUGACUGUUGGUGAUGAAUGAACGUUGGCCGAUGCAAGCUGUUUCAACGUAGAAACCUGUAUCCGAGAUACAGGAUUCCCUGAAACACUUUUUAAGCAUAUUACGUAGCAUGCACAUUAUGUCUAACUAUAUUUACGAAGAUAUAAGGUACUGCAUGGUCGAUCUUUUUUUCCCUCAUCACAUAUAUUUGCCAUUAUAUGCAUGGCAUUGCAAUAGGUGCUGAUUUUCUUUCUCUAUUUUCAUUGUAGGUAAGGUAUGUGAUAGACCGAUACUGAAAAACGUUCCCACCUUCCCUGCAAGAUUUUCGGCCGAUGGUUGGUGUGCUUCAGGUUCUACACCUCAUCUUUUGAUCGACCUUCAAAAAGAAUAUCACAUAACACGGGUUGUGGUAAUGGGAAAUAGAGAUCAGACGAAGUGGAGUGGGUCAUACUUAAUGACGUACAGUCAUAAUGAAACUUAUGAAAAUAGCCAAAAGGUAUUUAUGACGGUCAUGAUAGAGUGGAUCAACAAAGCGAGCAGGUUUCAUUCAACUAAAGUAUUUUGAUGGAGAGAAAAUCAACAUACCAAUUUCACUAGAAUGUUGGAUUAUAUUAACAUAUCUAAAUUAAGGUGUUUGAACUUUCAUAGCCACUAGCAAUAUUGUUUACAUAUAUGGAUAAUAUAUAAUCAUAGACCUAUAGUCACUAUAUAGGGUAAUUAAUGGUCAUUCAUCUGUUCUCGCUUGAUAUCACCGAGCUUUUGCUUAAAUCAACCACUGACAAGUUCAGUAACGUAUAUCCAAAUCUCUUUCGCGACAUUAAUAAGAUAAAUUAAAGUAUAUUGUUUCAUAUAGGAAACAAUAUUUCACCACAAAAGGCGCAAUAUAAAUUACUGAUCAUGAAGGGGGGGGGGGACGAAGGAAGUCAGCUAAACAAAUUCUUACAAGGCAAUACAAUUUAAAAUUAAUAUGCAAAAUUGCUAUGUUUCAUUUUGAUGGUGGCCUUGGAAUACAUGAAUUUGAUUUUAGACAAAUGUAUGAAAUUUUUUUGAAUUGGAAAUAUUUUCUAUUUAGAUAACAGGAAACAAGAACGGUUACCAAGCAUCGACUACGCAUGUUGAUAUUUUUAAUGUGAGAUUUAUAAAGAUACAAUCAAGUGAAAGUCAGAACUUUUGUCUCAGAAUAGAACUGUGUGGAGAAGGUAUACCUUUAUAUACUCAGUGAUGUUAGUUUGUUUACAGGAAUUUGCUAGAAAUGUUGUGUUGAAAAAGCGUAUUUUCCCAUAUAAUAUAUUUAUUUUUUGGACAUAGUUUUGUUUAUUGCAAAUAUGAGCGAGUACUUGAUCAUGCAGAACCGAUAUUCUCGCCUAGUGCCUUAAUAAAGGCCCUAAAAAUUAAAAUAUCCAAAGCCAUCUCAAAAAAAAUUGCAAAAAAAUAACAAAACAUCUAAAAAUUACAGAGAUUGAAUUAGAAUAGGUCAAAAUCCACCAUUUUUGGGGUACUGUCUGCCCUCGCGAAAGAUUCUAAACAGUUCUAAAAACGUAAAAAGUGACUUUUAAAAUUUGUAACUGUAAAUGUACCAUGCAUUUUACAGACAACUUCAAUAAUAAAAAGUCGCAUUUCGUGGUGCGGAGACUCUCUAAUGUGUGAGAGGAAGUAUCAAAAAUGGCGGGCAAAUCAUCCGCGAGAAAAGAUAAUUGCCUGAAGCGGUCCAAAAUUUUAAAUUUUCCGUCCAAAGCCAUAUACAUCAACAACAUGUUGAAUUCUUUGCUAAGUUUUGUGAUAUUUUAUUAGCCCAAAUGCCAGCUCCUGUACAAGACAUUAAAAUUCAACCAUCAUUUACCUCGGCAAGUGUGACGUGGAAGCUACAAACCUCCGCUUCAGCCUCUAGUUAUAUAACACACCUCGUUAUAUAUCUUAACGGUACAGAAAAAAAGCGUAUAUAUAGAAGUACUGAAAUUGACAUUAAAGGACUUACACCGUAUACUUGGUAUAAAGUUGAAAUUGUGACUCAAGAUGGUUCUUCGCAGAGCAGCAAUAAAACGGCCUCUGAAAUGUUUAGGACCAAGAAAGGUAAACAAAACUGUAUGUACUUUAAAUCCGAUCUUAAGCUGCCCUCUGAAAAAGGCAACUUCCCACUGAGAAAACGACCUCCCUUUCUAAUAACCCCUCAAUCCUGUAUAAUAAUGCACCCUCGUAUAAUAAGCUUUCCUCUUUUUAAAAACAUACAUGUAAUUGAUCUUUUGUUUGUUGUGAUCUUCUUGUACACCACAAGAUAAUUAUUUUUUAGAAAAGAAGGGUCAUGAAGUUUGAUGAUUUUUUAAUGCACGUUAGUUUUGUAAUAUUUUAAGCAAUUCUCUCAAGCCACUGGAUUGAUAUACUUUUAAAUUGCUGUAUUGUGAACAGAAGAUUGAUACUAGACUGUUAACUCUGUUUCAGGCUCAGUGACCAACUACGGCACCAAAAUGGAAAAUUUUCAUUGUUCUCCACAACAACGUAUUGACAUCAAGAAGGCUGUUUAUGGAGAUUUCUAUAAGAAUGGCAAGUUUGAUGGUAGUGCACGCAUCGAUACGAAAUGCAGUGCACUAACCAACUGCCAGGUGAAAUCACGUUGUGGUGGGAUGAAAUCCUGUGAAUUUACCGUGAACGAAAAUUUAUUACCAUCGCAGUAUUGUCCUGAUACUGGAAAAGAAAUUUACACCGAGUACGAAUGUGUUGAUACUUACAGUUCAACUACCAUAACAGGUAAGUGGAUCAUGAUUUUUUCUGUGUUGGUGUAAUGUACUCAGGUGAAUAUGAGGCUUGUUGUGUUACUCUGAGUGUAUAUCUACACCGGGCAAGCUUGAAAAAUAUGCCUGGCCACGAUGGGAAUCGAACCUACGACCUCUUGUGCCGGUUGUGACUUAGGUUUGUAAUAUUUUGUUUAGAAAAUCUUGCCUUGUUAAUAACGAUUGUGCAAAUUAGCCUUUAUUAG